AUGGACGGGCCGCAGGGGCCGGAGGGCCGGGCCACCCUCGCGCGCGCCCAGGCGCGCUUCCAGCAGGGCGACUACGCGGCGGCCGAGGCGCUGUUCUCCGCGUACAUCCGCCAGUGCGCCUGCGCGGCCGCGGCGGGGGGCCCCGGCGGCAAAUGCAGCCCCGAGGAUUUGGCCACUGCAUAUAACAACAGGGGGCAAAUCAAGUACUUGAGGGUGGACUUUUAUGAAGCCAUGGAUGACUACACGUCUGCCAUAGAAGUCCAGCCCAGUUUUGAAGUUCCGUAUUACAACAGAGGGUUGAUAUUGUACAGGCUGGGAUGUUUUGAUGAUGCUUUGGAAGAUUUCAAGAAGGUAUUAGACUUAAAUCCUGGAUUUCAAGAUGCUAUUGUGAGUUUAAAACAGACUAUUCUAGACAAAGAAGAAAAACAAAGAAGAAAUUAUUGAAACAAAUUAUUGAAAAUUUAAACUUAAUUGAACAAUCCUGUCAUGAUCCUUACACUCGGCAUUUGAUUCUCUAAUUUGAAGUAGGUAUUGAGCUAUUCUGAUUUAUAUUUAAGAUGAGUACACUAAAGUGGUUCAUGCAUUAGCACUUAAAUAAUGUGUUUAAGGUAGCUAAUUUCAGAUUGAGAAACUAUGUUGAAUAUGUAUGCUUUUUAUAAAAGAUAAAUACUGAUGUGUAAUUGUAUAUUGUUACAGUAAAAUAUUUAAAGAAAUGUGUGGUAUUUUUCCAGUAAAACCAUUUUUGAUACCUUUUUAUUCUUAAUUUUUCAGUAAAAACAUUUUAUAUCUGCCUAAAAGCUGAAGUAGAACACAUCUGUAAACUCUUCACUUUGAUUUACCAGUUGUUAACAUUGUGCCCCAUUUGCCUUUAAUAUAUAAAUUUUUAUUGAGCCACUUGAAAAUAAGUUGCAGAUAUCACAGUACUCACCCUAAAUACUUCUGCCUGAAUUUCCUUAUGAACCACCCUCCUUUCUCACCACAGAGCCAUCAUAGUAUUUAUUAGAUUCAUAAUUCUGUAUUAUCAUCCAUAUUCAGUCUAUGCUUAGAUUUUCCUAGUUGUUUCCAAAAUGUCUUGUUUAGAUGUUUAUUUCUGGAUCUGGAUUCCAUCAAGUUUUACUGUGUUUUGUUAUAUGUCUUUGAGUUCUUUUAAUAUAGACUAGUCCCCUGCCCAUUUUCUCCCCUGUGAAUUUUGCCUUGCAAAGCCACUUUAUAUAGCUAGAUGAUAGAGGCAUAACAUUUGGCUUAAGAACAAAAAACAUAUGUCCUACAUGAGAGCACUUUGAAAAAUUUCAUCCUUCACUAGAUUUUCUCUUGAAAUCAGUGAUAAGAUAGGUUAAGAUUUAAAUAUUGAAGAUAGAUUUCUGUCACUGGAUGACACUGGUUAUCAUCAUUGACAUUUACUGUAAGCCAAGUGCUGUUCACAUUCUUGUGGGGAUGGAGUAGGGUUUGAUAGGGAGGUGAGGAACUAUUGACAUACACUUAGUAACAUGUAAGGCUUAAAAAAUAAUUUGUUUUAUUUGGGUGCUGCCAGCAAACAGUUAGGCUAGGAUGAAGCUGUCAAUACCUGGGAAGGACUAUAAGGGGCACUGCCAAAGCCAGACAUGUCUUGUGUAUAUUUUUUGGUUUUUAUUAUUGAGGUUUGUCUUUGGAGAUACAGAUCUUGCAUUUUGAGAUCUCCCAAACUAGUCUAUUAUUGCUGGGCAAAUACGGUGCUGGGGUGGAAAUUGCUCUCAUCGGGAGAAAUAAAAGUGUGUUUGCCCAGCAUCUCCUGAGCAGGCGCAGAGUAACAGGCGGUCGCCACCAUCAGCCUUAAAAAGGUUUCACUGGAGGUUAAGUGAUCUCAUGAAGUAGAGAGGUAAUAAUUGCCGAUUUUGUAGUUCAUAAUAUCUGGCAAAAUACAUGGUGAAUUUGGGCUGCAGGUGAAUGAAAAGGGAAAGGAAAUGAAAUUUGAAAGGAACUGAGGGUCUUUAUUUCUGGGGUUAUUCACAUUUUCCAGUCUGACUUCUCUUUCCAUUCCUUGGAAAUGUUUUAAAAGAAUUUAUAAAGUUGCAUUAAAAUGUAGAAAAAUCUCUCUUAGGAAAACUUUUUUUUUUUUUUUAAAGCAAAGUCCUAGACCUUGGGGGAGGGCUUAAAGCCAUUUUUAUCCAGAAAAUCAAAUACUUAAUGCUUCGAUAACUUUAUUUUCUCUUGGCUUAAAUCCUCUAUUCUUUACUCUUGACUGGGAUUACAUGUGGUAUGAAAAAAGAACUUGCUAAAAGUUUCAUUUGGUUUGUUGGAUUUUAUUCAACAUUUCUCUAUUCUUUAUCAGAAAAAAAACCAAAACCAAAAACUCACUGAAGGCCAGAAUCAGCCUUUGCCAUAGGAAGCCCGUACUGCUUUCUCUCUGCUCCUGGCUUACUGGAAAUGACUGAAGAACAAUAUAUUUUUCUCAUUUAGCUUCCUCAGCAUGUUAGACAUUACACAUUCAGAUUCUAAAUACCCUUUACAUUUGUUUGUGCCUUUCAUAGAGGUCUUUUGUAUUUGUGAUUGUUCACAUUUCCCAUAUUGCAGCGCUUGUUGAACUUCUCCCGUCGUCUGCUAGCUACUGACCCAAGUUAUAUUGUUUUCCAAUUUUAUUCUGCAAAAAUAAGGCAGGAAAUUGUGGAUUAUUAUAAAGAUAAGAAAAUAAAUGGAUUUCAAUUACUUUUGAGCUCAGAAAAUCACUCUUAACUCUAGUUUAUGUUGUUCUGCAAUCUGUAACUGAAUCAAGCCUGUGGACUUAAUAUGUGAAAGCAAACUGUGGUCCAGCUUGUGGAUUAGCAAGUGAAAUGUCCAAGUGAGCUUUCAGUCCUUAUCUAUUUAUUUUUUUUCCUUUGUAUGUGCGUGUGCGUGUUUCCCCGUCCUUCAAUGGGUCCUACCUCCAAGCCCUGUCCAUAACCUUGGCUCCAGCCACUUUGCAGGCCCAAGUCUUUCUCAGUGGGCAUGAUAGACCUUAACCCUGCCGCUCAAGGUGCAUCAGCUCAGCAUUUACACUGAUACGGGUCUCAGUAUCUUUAAUCUCUGCCAGGUCUAGACUCCCAUAAAAAUUUAGCUCCAUGCUUCAAAUAAUUAAACCUCUCUCGCUUAGCAAUUUUAAUUUAUCCCUGAAAAUGCUUCUAAGUAAAAAGGCAUUACAUAGAAAAAGCCUGUUUUAAUUGGAAAGAUGAUAAAAUCAAUACAUUUCACAGAUAGGAAAACACAUCAAUUGAUCAAUAAAAACAGGCUUGUAUAAAUGAUAGCAACCUGAAAUGACAAAUUUUUAACAAUUCCAUAAACCAGUGGCAUGAAUACUUACUAAACUCGUUUUUUUUUUUUCUUCUCUCUAUACUAUUACAGACCUGCUUGAUUGAAAUAGAAUUCACAUACACAGUUGCCCCAUUUAAAGUGUACAGUUCAUCUCACAGCAGAAAUGGCCUUUUUCCCCCUUUGGUCCUGAUACAUAACUUAAGUUGCUCAUAAAAUGUUUUAGUACCCAUUAAGGUGAAUAUCAAAACAAUAUUACAAUAUAUUUAGUUUUUAUAAUGGAACGUGAUUGCAAUUUCAGAACUGCUUCUUGGUAAUUUUCCUUCCUGAUUGAAAACAGACACGAGCGAUGGUGAAAAGCAGAUUAAUAUUUAGACCAAACCGGAUUUGGAAAAUUGAAAGUCAUUGCUGCCGAUAUGUAAAUUUGUAUCUUAUGUUAAUAAAAAGUAUCCAACAUUUAGAAAUAAGGCAACAGGGGGAUUGCUUAUUCUUUCAAGAUCAUACUGAGCACAGACCCACCCAGGACUGUUAAUUCUCUAGCCCUGGGUCUGUCUGUGACUUUCUCUAGUCUCUUGAGUAAGGUCCAAACUCGAGGUGGUAGUAUGUUGUUUGUAAUUUUUUGUCCAGAGAAGAUGCAAAUGAUUUUCUGAUAGAAAAAAUAACCUUCAAGGUUAACCAGUUUCGAUUGUAACUUAGUAAUAUUCCCAAAUUCUUUAUUGCCCAUAAAUGCUCAAUUUCUCACAUGCCCUUUAUCAUCCCGGAGGGUCUGUCAUUCAUGUGUUAAAUGGACAUUUGUAUGUUCCAUCUGUACUGUUAGGAGAGUCGUGCUUACCUUUUAAAAAUUUGUGUUUUGACACAUCUGUUAUAAAAAAACAAAGACAACA